CCCCGCGGGAGGCGGUGGCGGCGCAGGCGGGGGGAAUCCAGGUCACGUCCGCAGCCAGACGGCGGCUGGCGGUGAGGGACGCGGUGAGCGCCGCGCCCGGGCGGGCGGCGAGGGGCAGGCGGGCCGCUCCGCUCCGCCGGAAGAAGAGACACCCCACAUAGGUGUUUGAAGCUCUUCCUUGCUUUUUGACCUGGAAAGUUGAAAACUGGGCAAAAAUAAUUGGAGGGAAAAAUGUUAAUAUGCUACUGUGAUGUGAGGACCUUACCCACAGAUGGGGGUCUGCCAGUGAAAGAACAGAAAAUGAAGCUCUAAUAAGAUCUUGCUGGCAUGAUGUUGGAACUGAGAUGAGAAUUAUCAUCUCCACCUUAUGGAUGAGGAAGCUGGGUUACCAUAAGAAUGAAUUUUCAACAUGGAACAUGAGGCUGUGCUGACUCCAGUUCCCAUUGCAACUCCCAGAUUAUUUUUCUGAGCAGAACUUGUUCUUUCAGCAAAAGGUGACGUUGGUAACGGAAGAAGAACGAGAAUGAUUACAUAUCCAUAACUCCCAGCAGUAUGUCAGGGUAUAUACCCAGUUACUUAGACAAGGAUGAGCUAUGUGUAGUGUGUGGGGACAAAGCCACCGGAUAUCAUUAUCGCUGCAUCACUUGCGAAGGUUGCAAGGGGUUUUUUAGAAGAACCAUUCAGAAAAACCUCCAUCCAACCUAUUCCUGUAAAUAUGAAGGAAAAUGUGUGAUAGACAAAGUAACAAGAAAUCAGUGCCAGGAAUGUCGCUUCAAAAAAUGUAUCUUUGUUGGCAUGGCAACAGAUUUGGUGUUGGAUGACAGUAAGCGGUUGGCAAAGAGGAAGCUGAUAGAAGAAAAUCGAGAGAAGAGACGUCGGGAAGAGCUGCAGAAAACCAUUGGGCACAAACCAGAGCCAACGGAUGAGGAGUGGGAACUCAUCAAAAUUGUUACUGAAGCACAUGUGGCCACCAAUGCACAGGGAAGCCACUGGAAGCAGAAAAGGAAAUUUCUGCCAGAAGACAUUGGACAGGCACCAAUAGUUAAUGCCCCAGAAGGUGGGAAAGUGGAUUUAGAAGCCUUCAGCCAGUUUACAAAAAUUAUCACACCAGCGAUUACAAGAGUGGUGGAUUUUGCCAAAAAGUUGCCUAUGUUUUGUGAGCUACCAUGUGAAGACCAGAUCAUCCUUCUGAAAGGCUGCUGUAUGGAGAUAAUGUCCCUCCGAGCAGCAGUUCGCUAUGACCCCGAGAGUGAGACUUUAACACUAAAUGGGGAGAUGGCGGUAACAAGGGGCCAGCUGAAAAAUGGGGGUCUUGGCGUAGUGUCUGAUGCCAUUUUUGACCUGGGCAUGUCUCUUUCUUCAUUUAACCUGGAUGACACCGAGGUUGCCCUUCUUCAGGCUGUUCUGCUCAUGUCAUCAGAUCGCCCAGGCCUUGUUUGUGUCGAGAGGAUAGAAAAGUGUCAAGAGGGUUUCCUCCUGGCAUUCGAACACUACAUUAAUUACAGAAAACACCAUGUUGCACACUUUUGGCCAAAACUGCUGAUGAAAGUGACGGACCUGCGAAUGAUCGGCGCCUGCCACGCCAGCCGCUUCCUGCACAUGAAGGUGGAAUGCCCCACAGAACUCUUCCCUCCCUUGUUUCUGGAAGUGUUUGAGGAUUAGAAAGACUGGAGCGGUUCUCCACACCCCGCCGUCACACUACUGGCUGUCAUGUCAUCCCGUUGCCCGGCUCUUCUCACCUCUGUUUGUUCUUCUUCUUUCGGUCUCUUCUGUUUCCUGAGGCGGGGUUGGGUUUUUGUUUGGGGUUGCUGGGGGGCAGCUGUAUACACAUGGAUGAAAACAUCCCUUUAAUGCGGGUAUUGUGACUAUUGCAAUUUGUUCUUCAGUCCUUUGAUGUGAAUGCUUUGACAGCUUAGCAGUGAAAAUACAAACAGACCAGUCUCAUUCACCAGCACUUGCGUGGUCACCAGCUCAAACACAUCGUUGCUUGGAAAAUAUGGGAGAGAAAUUGAAGUGGCAGAAAAUAAAUUGGCCUCCAAGUUAGACCAGCUAUUGUUGAUUUGACCCCGGCGAUGCUGUCUAGUAUUACCUCGUUUUGCAGGUCACAAGUGACUAAUUCAUGACAUGACAUUUUAGGCUUCAUGGUUGUUGUUAUUGUAACAAUCACCAUUAUGAUCUAGGAUCUUCAUCAUUAUUAUGAUCCCAUCAUUUUCUGAAGAUUGUUACAGCAGGUAGAGUUUAACUGUGCCUCAUAAAUCAAGUACUUAAAAUAAUUCAGAAUGUUAGAAGGGACUGACUCAUUUUUUUUUUUCCAUGUGUAUAAGAAAGUAAGAUCCUUCCGUUCUCACUGCAUUUGAACUCCAGGUAACUUCACUAGAAGGUCUGUUGGAGUAAGGAGGGGAAUUUGAUCCUCUGGGUGCUUUUUCAGAGAGUGGAGAGGUCUGCUCUUUCUGAGGUUUGGAGGAGAAGUCUCUCUGUCAGGAUAGCAGGCUUUCCUUGGGGUUAUUCAGGGAAGUGAAUGCUCACAGAAUGAGGACAAGGAGAAUGAACCAAAUGGGGUGACCUUCAAAUGGGACAGAAACAGCGUUAUUCAGGACACUCAAGACUGUACAGCUUUAUUCCAGUAAUACAGUAGCAUUGCUUGGCAGUAAUCUUUUGUUUUUUAUAUAUAUAUAUAUAAAGUUUAUAUGCUCGUAUAUAUAUAAUUUUAUAUAUAUAUAAUUACAAAUCUUCAGCAGUUGUCUUAAACAUAUUUCCAUCUUUUUAUCUUCCCUCUUUCUCUCCUCUCACUCUUUCCUGUGCAUGUGUGUCUGUAUGUGUGUUGAUCAGCUAGGUUCUCCCUCCUUGGUGUCUGUAUAUGUUUCGUUUGUCUAGAUUCUCUCUUGAUUUCCUUAAUUAUUUCCACUAACUGCACUAGCAGGAACUGAACUGAGCAAUGACAGGAUGUCCUGCUGCCGAAAUCUGCAAGCCAAUUCUCACAGUCCUGGAAUGUUGGGAGUCCGGUGAUGAGGGCAUUAUAGGUAGAGGUUCCUCUCUGUCAUCCAUCUCCAUUCAGGGGUGUCGUCCCUGGGUUUUAUAAACUUGAUAUUAAACCGUUCUCUGAAUUUGUAUGAUACAUAAAAAGCAUCCUUCUGGUUCUUUCUCGGAACCAGAGACUUCAUUUGUAUGUUUCACACUUCCUCAUAUCCCACGUUCUUUUGCGUUGUGCAUUCAUUUGUACCAGUUUCUUUCUCUGCUAUUUAUUGAUGUAUUUGCCUGGCAAGUCAGUGGGCAUUGUUAGGGUGGAUGUGUUGACUUUCAAAGCCCACGGCCCAUAUCUAAAACUAUAUGUUAUAUGUUUAUUCCCUCAUGAAAACAUCAUCCUCAGGAAAACUUAUCUUGUAGGUGAAACACAGCAUGUGUGUGUCAGGAGUUAAAUACUUUCUACCCCUCUUUCCCUACAUCAUGGAGAAAGCAUUUGGAGUGCUAUUGGCUGUGUUUUCAGGAAUGUGGAAUCUUGUUCUCCCUGUUCUUUGAUAUCCUAUGCACCUGUGAUAAGUUGUGAGCACUGAUGUUAUCACUUAUGGUUUUGUACCCAUAAUUUUCUGAGAACAUAAAACACAAUGGGGUGUUUAGGGUUUUUUUGCAGGUCGCAAGUAAGACAGACCAUUAGAAAUUUGUUCUUAAAUGUUUGCUGAAGUUGAAGAACCUCAGUUGCAGGCUGUGUUUGCUCCAUCUCAAAGCAUAUCUGUUAACAACCUCAGUCUCCAUUCACAUUCCUUGUAGAGCGCUAUGUCCUGGGGACAAGGGGUCAGAAACUUUCUGGCUUUUUGGAACCAGAGGCCAGACAAUGUGAUGAACUCAUACAUACUUGUGCAGAAUCUCAGAUGAGCAGCAUCUACAGUCAGUAAAGGGUGCUAGACAUCUGAUUUGGGGAUGGCUGCCUAGCAAACUGACAGCAUAUAGAGAAAGCAAAGAAAAAACAGCUGAUCUGUUUCUUGCAUUUAUACCCACAGUAGCUUGCAAAGAAAAGAGAAAUGUGCAUGUCUUUUGGGGCUCUGCUCUGCCACCAGUGCAAAUAUCUCACCUGUUUGCUAAAUGUGAGCUUGAAUUAGCAUACAAGCUUUUGUCUGUGCUGCAGAUGAGACCCAGGAGAAAAAAAAAAUCAUGUUUGUCCUGGUAGUAUUCACAAUUAUCUCACUACAAGGUCCAUGAUGCUUCAUGUAUUUUUCAGUGUUUUAGUUCCUGGAGUUGUGCUGCUGCUUGAGAGGUUCAGUCUGUCAUUAAGGUCAGCAAUUCUUGUCCUUUGGGCUAUAAAGAAAAUCAGUAGCCUAACUUUUGAUUAUUUAGGUGGGAAGUCACCACCCAACAGUGACUUAUAACUACUGAGGCUUUUGGACACUUGGGAUUGUCAGGACUGCAUCAAUCAAAAAUAAAUAAAGACCAGAGGUUAGAUAAAAAUGUGAGAGUUACUGGAUUAAUUUAGGGAAGCAGUAAGAGAUGAAAGAACUUGAACCCCCCUGAAAAGAACUGCAGAUUGAGACAGUGCUGAGAAUUAACACUUUUCACACUGGCUGCUGUAAAAAUAAUUGCUCAUACAGAAAUAUGGCCCCCAGGUCUACCAUGGCAAGUUCCAAAGAAAACAGCCUGCAUAAAUGGAUAUGCACAUACACUGCACUUGGCAUCCGAGCUAGUAGCCUGACUUCCUGAGAUGGUGAUGCAGUUUGGACUUUUGCUUCAUCAGGGCUCCCUCCUUAGAUGACUGCAGGUGGACUGAAGUGCCUAAAAUCAGGCAACCAGGUUUGACAGGUCCAGUGGUGCUCUACACAGAAAGGACAUAUGUCAACAUACUUUUCUAGCUUUUUAGAGUAAGUUGGAGCCUGGCACUGAUUGACAGAGGGGGAUUAGUAAUAUUCCUCAGUAGAAAACUAAAACCAAGCUCUUAGUUUGGCAGAUUUGAUGUACUGACAACUAAUGGCCUCUGAUGUCCUACCAGUCUUACUUUGUAUGACUUCAUGGACUCCCUCAGUAUGACUCCUGGUUUAUGUGAUCAUGAGAGCAAACCUAGAUCCCAUGAGGAUGCUCUUGCAGACUCUCACCGCUGGGUACUGACCUUAGUUCUGCAAAGACAUACUUGCUUUUCAAGAUCAGUGGUCUCAAGCUGUUGUAGGAUUGAGCCACUGGAUUGACCGUCUGAGUGGCAGACAUCAGAACUGCAAUCGUAUCCUUUGUAGUGGCUGGCCUUCCGAGUGAAAUAACAAAUGUCCACUUUCCAGUGCCGCCCAGAGUCUCGCUUCUGAUGGUGCCACCUCACUCUUACGUUUGCUUUGUGGUCUACGUGUGGGUCUUACAUAGAAGGUUCUUCCUGAUUGUCACCAUUCAUGGUUUUGCCCUGAGCAACAUGUGCAUUUAGAUAUUCAUUUAAUGUGUAAUCUCAGUUAAGUUAUGAUAUUUAUAAUGACAUAUAUAGACAUGCAUUUGUUUACAUUCUGCCAAAAUGUAGAUGUUAGAUUUAGACCUCCUAGGGUCAAAAAUCAUCCUUGAGCAGACUACUUGCUUCUUCAGAGGCAGGCAUCAGAAAGAGGAAGAAACUGUCCAGAAACACCAUUUAUAUCAGAAAUCUGCCAAGACAGGGCCGUUGAUCACAAGCAGAGCAUGUCAUUGCUAGUGAUGUAUUUUUAUGCUAUGGAACUCUAACCUGUAUGUGUCAUAUUGACUUCUUGCUGCAUGAAUCAUAAAUUAUAAAAAUCAGUCUUAUGGUUUUGAGAUGUAGCCAGCAUUCCUAAGGCUAAACCUUUUUCACUGACAGAAUCAAAAUCCACAACCAUGGAAUGGAUUCCUCUCACUGUGAGGGCAAUUGGAAGUGUUCAACAUGUAUCUUUUCACAAAGGAAGGGGUGACAGAACCUCUUAAUGUGUCUUGUUAUUGUGAUCAUCUGGAAAUGAUUGCCAGACGUUUCCUUUUGAUAUAGCGAUGAAGUGAUCCGUAUUUAAAUUUUAUAGAGAGAAUUUUAUUCUAGUGUGAUAGAGAUUUAUUUUCCACUUAAAGACUCAAAAUGGUGUGAGCACAUUUUUUUACUAUGGUAUAUUUUUGCUUUAAAAUUAAAAACAAACAAAAAAAAAAGGUUUGGCCUUAUCACAAAGUUUUAGUGUGUCGUAUAGAUGUUAGCAAAUGCAAAGAGUAUGCAUUAUUUGUGUGUAUCCACAUUGACUGAUGUCGCCUUCAAAAAGCAAUAUUGUGCAGGUAAUAAGUUGUUUGUGACUGUCCAUUGCACAGUUUACCUUCUUUAAAAGCUAACCUUGUUUAUGCACAAGACAAUCAAAUGUAAAUCUACAUCAGCACCCGGGUGUAGAUUAAGUUUAUGUAAAUUACUGAGCACAAUGUAAAACAUUAAAAGACACUUUAUUUAAUUACACAUUUAAUGUUGGUAAAGAUCGUAUCAGGGCAUGAACUAGCUGACAUACUGUAAAUUCUUUUUCUCUUUAGCACUCUUUGGUUUUAGUUUGCUCAUAAAUACAUCAAAUUGGUCAUUCAUAAUUUUUUUGAAGAGAAGGGUGGUUUGGGUUGUUUAUUUGUUUUUAUGGAGCUGGUUGGGAGGACUUCUUACUUUGUCUAUGAGGUUUGUGGGGUUUGCUUAUUUGGUUUAUUUUUUUAUAUCAGUUUCAUGCCCUGAGGGUAAGGCAAACAUCACACCAUAUGGUAAAAAACAAAGUACCUUGGAUGAUGUAUUUUUUUGCAAACAGUGUUACAAGUUAUGCUAGAUUGGUAAUAUUUUUUCAGCCUAAAAUAUAUUAAAAAAAUCUGUGAUCACAAAUGUUUUAAACUAUCUAAAGAGAAAAUUUGUAUAUUUGGGGGAAGAAAAUAAUUUUUACAUAGCUUUUGUAUGCAGAUAUUAAAAUGUAAUUAUGAAUAUAGUGGGCAUAGAUAACUGUGUAAGCUUGAAUUCUAAAAAAGAAAAAGCUUAUAACUGAAAA